UCGGCUCCGCUCGGCUCCUCUGAUGUUGUCUGUCGUCGUCCCUCUCGUCCUCCUCUCAGUGUUGUUGUUCCCGGUGACGCGGCGGAGGUGUAGCCUGACGCGGGCUCUUACGUGUCGGCCUGAAUAAAAGUGGAGCUCCGGAGCCCCGGGAGUGACGAAGCGAGUUGUGUCGGUUACAGAUGAAGAUGGAGGCUGGCGCAGACACUCAGCAAAGUGGUGACACGGCUGUCUCCGAGUCUGAGGCCCAGCACAUCACCCUGGCCCAGGCGUCCCUCGCUGCAGGCCAGGUGACCGCCAGUGGUCCCACAGUCACCUUAGUGCAGCUGCCCAACGGGCAGACGGUGCAGGUGCACGGAGUGAUCCAGGCUGCACAGCCCUCUGUGAUCCAGUCCCCUCAGGUCCAGACCGUACAGAUCUCGACCGUUGCUGAGAGCGAAGACUCUCAGGAGUCGGUGGACAGUGUGACCGACUGUCAGAAGAGGAGAGAGAUCCUGUCCAGACGACCGUCCUACAGGAAGAUCCUGAACGACUUGUCGUCGGACCCUCCGGCCGUUCCUCGAAUCGAGGAGGAGAAGUCGGAGGACGACUCGGCUCCCACCAUCACCACCGUCACCAUGCCGACCCCCAUCUACCAGACCAGCAGCGGCCAGUACAUCGCCAUCACGCAGGGCGGGGCCAUCCAGCUGGCCAAUAACGGCACAGAUGGAUUGCAGACUCUGACCAUGGCCAACGCCGGGGGCCAGUCUGGUGCCACCAUCCUGCAGUACGCUCAGACCAGUGACGGCCAGCAGAUCCUGGUGCCGAGCAACCAAGUGGUCGUACAAGCUGCUUCUGGAGACGUCCAGGCCUAUCAGAUCCGCACGGCCCCCACCAGCUCCAUCACGUCCGGGGUGGUGAUGGCCACCUCGCCCGCUCUGGGCUCAGGGACAGGAGCCCCAGAGGAGGUCACACGUAAAAGGGAGGUCCGGCUUAUGAAAAACAGAGAGGCCGCCCGCGAGUGUCGCAGGAAGAAGAAGGAGUACGUCAAGUGUCUGGAGAACCGCGUGGCCGUGCUGGAGAACCAGAACAAAACCCUCAUCGAGGAACUGAAAGCCCUCAAAGACUUGUACUGCCACAAAUCAGAGUAGAAUCUUCACCCAACGCCUGCCAGGAGCCGGCUCGGUGCCCGUCUGUCGCCCCCCCCGCACAGAGACUCAGCUCAGAGACGCUCCUGGACGCCGCCGCCCCUUUUCUACUCUUUGCUUUCUUUAUAAAGACUGCGGUAAAUCUGUAAAGUGACUCACCAGGAUUACAACAAAAUGACCCCCCCCCCCCCCCCCUCUUCUCCCGUCACCGGUUUUAAAUCCUAAACCUGCUCCCAUCGGGCUGACGGCGUGGAAGCUGUGCAGACCUCGACAGGGUCCUCGCGGUGAAGCGGUGGAACGGACAAUGAGACGGUUUUUGUUUCACGCCGCCAAAGGGAAGCGUUCCAGUCACUGGACGAAUCGGGCGACAUCACCAGCAGCGGGGAACCGCUCGAUACCGUCACCACCGACCGACACCGACCGACAUUUUUACACUUUCAAAUCCUGAGACGCUCUGAAGUCUCGGUUUCCUUUUGUGUGCGACGUUUGUAAUCGUAACUGAGCUCUCGCAUUAACAUCUGUUACUUACUAAUGCUUUGAACUAUAGAUUGACUGCGUCAUGGAUAUUUUAUCUUUUGGUUUAUGUGUAAGAUUCCAUGCUCUGAUGAUGCCAUUUGCUUUUUGUUGAACUCUUGUUUACCUUGCCUUUACACAUGGAACACAAAACUGACCGUUGGAUUGUGACAUUGGGUUCACGUUAGUUGCAGCUUUAAGAAACGUGGUUAUGGCUGAAGGACGUGGACGGCACUGAAUCUGGAAAUCCCACAUUUAAAUCACUGAUAUUCAAGUGUUCUCAGCCAUAACUGAUUUCAUAUUACAACCAUCUUCUAAAUUAAACUGAGAAGAGGAUCAAUUUGAAAAGUCGGAGUUUGUCCCCAUUAAUCUACAGACACAUCUGACUUCCUCUCGUUUUUUAUCUGCCUCCUGUUGGUCAAAAUUUGUAAACUUGUUGCUGGUGCAAAUAUUGUUUAAACAAAAUUCUUUUUUUUUUAAAUUGUCUAUAUUUGUUAUUCAGUUCGCCCUGUUUUUAAAGUUAGUUUCAUGAAUUCUGAAAAAAGAGCCUUAUGUGUUGAUGCAACAGGAGAAUAUUUCACAUUUCAGAGACGUGUGGCCCUUCACUGGUGCGUCUGUGUAUUUCACUCUUGCAUAAUGCCACUGUCUUUUUAUUUUUAUUUUGGGAACGCUUCAAAUAAUGCUGUACCCGAUUGUUGACAACUGUAUGUCGAGGUGUCAAGAUUGUGUUUACAGGAUUAGAGGCAUUCGCACUUUCUUUGCUUAAACAAUCCGACCACAUUUCACACGCCGUCAUCCCCCCCCCGCCCGGGUGAGAAGCCUCUUUAGGGUUUUACACAGAGAAGCAGUUAUUCAUCACCAAGUGUCUGUGGGCGUUCUGUUGUUCAUUAUCAUCACAUAUUGAUCAGGAGGUAAAAGUACAGAUAUCUUACCUGAAAGUUACUCCAGUAAAAGUAAAGGUCACCCGUAAGAACAAGUCUUAAAGUCGCUCAUAUUAAAUGUACUACAGUAUCACAAGUACCAAUCUUAAAAAUGCUAAGUGCUUUUUAUCGUCUAUACAAACACAAGACAACCUAACAUUGUUCUCUUCAGGGUUUAUUUCAAAUGACUGGAAAAAUUAUAACAAAAUUAUAAAAAUAUACUGUAUAAUUUUACAACUGCCCAGAUGCUGAGGUUCAAGUAGUAAUGGACAAAUGCAUCUGAACAUCUAGAGACAACAAAGAACCAACAGAAUAAACAAGUGCCUCUUGUGUCUGCCUGAGAACACUAACAGACCAGUGUAACCAACAGAUUCUGUAAAUAUCACUAAACAUGGACCUUCCACUUUCUGAGCAGGAAUAACACACGAUGCCCCUUAUGAAUAAUAAACACUGAACCGAGCACCUGGAUUGUCUAAAGGGAAUACAUGGGAAAUGUGCUGGUGUUGAUGAAGUCCCAGAUCUAGAGGAAGUAAAACUCUUAAAGAUUCUGAAGGUGAACCUGCAGAGGGAUCGUUACCGGUACAGCCUGUAAAAUCACUGAUAUUCACGUGGGCUCAGCCAUAACUGAUAUAAUAUAAAAACCAUCUUCUCAAAGAAAAACUAAAUGAAACUGAGUAGCGGAUCAAUUUGAACACUCAGUGUUUGCUCCCAGUGAUUCAGAGAAAGGAAAGUGGCUCCACACGUGAACACGAGACAGUGAGCCGAGUGGACGUGUUCACGCUAACAGUCCUACAGGCUUUUAGGAGUUAUGUAUAGUCAUGACAGUUAUAUGCUUUUUUUAUGUUGCUUUUGGAUUUUUGUACACACAGUUUCUAAGUGUCAGCACCAACCUGUAUGAUACAGUGCAUUCUGUCAGAGCUAUUCAAAUAUUACACUUUUGGCAGCUGGUAAUAAAUGUGUUUCUGGUAAAA